GAUAUGAUUGUUGUUUUUGGUUGUUUUGAAGAAUUUUCUUGCAGCCUUGAAAUUAGAGGUUAGAAAAUAAAAAAAUAUUCGCUUUCUCGUGAUGGGAAACACUAAUUUGAAGCCAAAAAUUAGCACUGGAGCACAAGAUCCCGUGCUCAAGCAGGCAGAACUCGAUUACAUGAAAAUUAUUGAGCAGAAAAACCGCGAACGCGUACAGAAAUUACAACAGAUUUCCCGAAGAAACAGAAUCACUGGUUUCGCGAUCGGCGCUGGUGUAUUCAGUAUUUACUUGUAUUCUAUAUUCGCCGUGAAGCAGGAGACGUUCCUUGACGAUUUCAACGAGCCCGUGAAAGUGCAACAAUAAUGGCCACGGCUAGAGCUUUACAAGUUAGAUUGCCUCCCU